UUUAGCUAUAGAGAUCUAUAUAUUUUAUAAAUUAUAGGGCAGAGGCCUAAUAAAAUAAAGUUUCUCUUUCGACCCAGCAAAUUUUCAAAUAGCAAGCUGGUAGAUGAAGUAGAGCGUUUCUUGGCGUAAGUCUCUAGUCUGAUUUAUUAAGUCACAUUACUCAUCAGAGCUAUGGGAUGGAGUGGCCUAGCAGUAGAGAGCUGGAUUGCUAACCUAUUGGAAAUAGGAGCUGAUUGCUGGUGUAAGAAGAAAUUUAAAGAGAAAAAAUUUUCCCAUUUGCAGAAAUGUAUUAAAAAUAUAUUUAAAAAACCAUGAGGUCUUUCUUAAAGUUUCGACUUCUGUUAUGGAAGAAUUUUUUAACACAGAGAGGAAAACCAAUAGUAACGUUGUUGGAGCUCGGAUUACCAACUCUGUUCUCUGUAGUUCUGAUGGUGCUUCGGCUGUCUGUGGAAAAUACCCCACACCCUUUCCCAACAUACUGGAGUGUCUGCGAGUAUCAAACUUUACGAAUAAAUCUUACUGAAAAAAUACUGGCCUACACUCCUUAUAAUGAGGCUACAAAGCGGAUAAUGGACAGGGCUAAUAAAACAUUAGGCAUACCCAUAGCUCCUUUUCCAAAUGAGGAUGAAAUGGUAAAGUUCAUCACUAUAGACAACAGUACAGUCAAUAACUCAGAUAUCUAUCUGGGUGGAGUAGUUUUCACCAGUGAGUUUAACCAAGUCAAUGGCACAGUUGUGCCCAACAAAAAUGUGGUGUACAAGAUCCGCCUUAGCUAUGCUGCCAGACUGGCUAAAGUUGAUAAAAAACUAGCCUUCCAGAGCCAUACAGCAUGGUCAACCAAUUUCAUGUUCCCACCAUACCAAAUAGUUGGGCCAAGAGAAGCUGAGAGCCCAUGUAAUGGAGAUCCUGGAUAUGAAAUAGAAGGAUUUCUAGCCAUUCAGCAUGCUGUAGAUGACUCACUAAUGAAGGAGUUCCUGACUGAUGAAGCUUUUAUAAAGUACAAAUCUACAAAUCUGAAACUCAAGCGUCAACCAUAUCCUCCAUACAAGCAGGAUGGCUAUGUGUUGGUGAUCCAAGAACAAUUUCCCAUGGUGAUCAUGUUGAGUUUUCUUGUGAAUGUCCUGAGUAUUGUCAGGGACAUUGUGUUGGAGAAGGAAAGAAAGCUAAAGGAGAGUAUGAAGAUGAUGGGAAUCAACAACUGGCUGCACUGGGUGGCUUGGUUUACUAAACACAUCCUGUUUCUGCUCAUCUCCAUCUCAAUCAUGACCUUGUUCUACUGUGUUGUGUUGGCUCCAGAUAAAGGAGCUGUCAUCGCAGAGACCAACCCAUUCAUUGUUUUUAUCUACCUUUUAUGCUUUGCCAUAGCCACAAUCACAUAUUGCUUUGCCAUCAGCAUCUUCUUUGUAAAAGCCAACACUGGAGCAGCCAUAGCAGGGAUCAUGUAUUUUUGCAUGUACAUCCCAUAUUUUUUCUUGCAACAAAGAUACACAACUCUAAGUUUUGUUGCCAAGCUGGUUUCCUGUCUGGACUUUCAGGUGGCCAUGGCAUAUGGUGGUACAUUGCUGGGCAUGUUUGAGGGAGUGGGCUCAGGGAUUCAGUUGUCAACACUUAACUCUGGUGUGUCUGUGGAUGAUGACUUCUCAAUGAUGUUUGUGCUCAUCAUGUUGAUUGUAGACUCAGUCAUUCACUGUCUGAUUGCCUGGUACAUUGAAGCUGUUUUCCCUGGGGACUAUGGUGUCCCUCAACCUUGGUAUUUCCCAGUUUUGAGAAGCUACUGGGGAUGUUGUCAUUCUCCCUCAGACUAUAUUGGGCUUGAUGAUGGGACCCAUGGAGAACAGGAUCCAUCUAUGUUUGAGAAAGAACCAAACGAGAAUGCUGGGAUUAAGAUUAGGAGUCUCCGCAAGGUGUAUGGCAGUGGUAAGAAGAAAAAAGUUGCUGUCGCUGGGAUGACGUUAAAUAUGUAUGAAGGGCAGAUAACUGUGUUGCUGGGUCACAAUGGUGCUGGCAAAACUACUACAAUGUCUAUGCUCACCGGUUUCUACCCACCAACCAGUGGCACAGCUCUCAUCAAUGGAUUUGAUAUCCGUCGGGAGAUCAGUGAGGUCCGCAGCAGCCUUGGCCUUUGUCCCCAACAUGACAUUUUGUUUGAUAACCUCACAGUGGAGGAGCAUAUGAUUUUCUUUGGUUUGCUUAAAGGUGUGCCCAGGAACCAGAUAAUGCCACAGUGCUCAGAGAUGUUGAAAGACAUGGAACUUUUCCCCAAACUUAAGGCCAUGUCAAAAACCUUGUCUGGUGGGAUGAAGAGGAAACUUUCUGUUUGUAUUGCACUCAUUGGAAACUCAAAGGUUGUAUUUUUGGAUGAACCUUCUUCUGGCCUUGACCCUAAUGCUAGGCGCAACAUAUGGACAGUGUUACAAAAAAAUCGAGCUGGCAGGACUAUGGUACUCAGUACUCACUUCAUGGAUGAAGCUGAUUUGCUUGGUGACAGGAUUGCCAUCAUGGCAGAUGGGAUUGUCAAGUGCUGUGGGAGUUCUCUUUUCUUGAAAAAGAAAUAUGGAGCUGGCUACCAUAUGGUAGUGGUCAAGGAACCCACCUGUGAUGUGAACAAUGUUGUAUCUGUGGUCAAGCAGCACAUACCAACAGCUGAGUUAGAGAGCAACGUAGGAGCAGAACUCAGCUUUAUACUCCCCCAAGACUGUGUGGAGAACUUUGAGGCACUUUUUGCAAAUUUAGAACAGAGACAGAGGGAGCUGGGCAUCAGCAGCUUUGGUGCCUCAGUCACCACAAUGGAAGAGGUCUUUUUAAAAGUGGGGGACUCCGCUGGCAGCAAUGGUAAAGAAAGACUAAUACAGGUCAAUGAUAAAAGAAAGCCCAAUCCAUCAGCUACUAGUGAAUGCUCAGCCCCAGGUAAUGGGAUCCAUAUAACAAUCAGGAACAAGGCAUUUAGCAAAAAUGGGAACCUUGAGCACUUCAUCAGUGAGAGAAAUAAAGGCGAGCCAGCCAAUGCAACAAUUGAUCUGUCGCUAACUUUAAGCCGCAGGCUAGAAAAAAACACAGGCAUGAAGUUGUUUUUGCAGCAGUUUGUGGCAAUGUUCAUGAAACGUGCCAUCCACACAUUUCGCAACAAACUCGUCACCAUCAGCCAGCUUGUGAUUCCUCUCUUCUUCACCGUCAUGGGCUUAAGUGCACUGAAAGUUCUCCCAUCUUUAACGGACAUGCCUCUUCUGCGGCUUGUCCCAGAUGAGUUUGGAGAAAACUACAUUCCUUACAGCACAGAUUUGUUUGGGGAAGACAUGGCUCAAACAUUUGCCCACCAGUUUAUGCCAAAUUCACCUUCCAUACCAGUGGACAUUUCUAAACAAAUUACUCCUCCCCAGAGUAGUUUGUACAUUACAGAUUACCUUGUACAGAAAGGGAAGGAAGGGAUUGGAAUCUACAACCUGAGGUACAAUCUUGCCCAGGAGUUCUCCCUGGCUUCAGUGACAUCUUAUUUCAACAACCAAGGGUACCACACCAUUGCCAUUUCUCUGGCGGCAAUGUUUAAUGGCCUUGUCAAAUAUUUCACCAACAGUUCUGAUUACAACAUUGAGACCGCCAACCACCCUCUGCCCCGGCUCACAGCAAAUAAGGCUCAAGAUGAAGCCAGUGGAAAAGAUUUCACAGCAUUCACAGUUAGUUUUAACAUAGGCUUUGGGAUGGCUUUCUUAGCCAGCAGCUUUGUUGUGUUCCUUGUGAGAGAAAGCACAGUGAAGGCCAAGCACAUUCAGUUUGUCAGUGGUGUUCACCCAGUCAACUUUUGGGUGUCAACCUUCUGCUGGGACCUCAUCAACUACUUCAUCCCUUGCCUGUUAAUCAUUGCAUCUUACUUUGCCUUUUCUGUAAAAAACUUUACUGAGGAUCUGCAUUGGCUUCAGUUGAUAUUAAUUUUUCUUUUAUACGGCUGGGCCAUGUUGCCUUUCAUGUAUUUCUUUUCAUUUGCCUUUACUGUACCAGCUACAGCUUAUGUAUGGAUUACCAUGUUCAAUAUUCUCACUGGUGUAGCUACCCUUGUUCUUGUUGGUAUUCUAGCUGUUCCUCAGAUAGGCAUGAUCAAAAUUGCAUUAGUUCUAGAGUGGAUUUUCUUGGUUGUGUUCCCAAAUUUCUGCUUAUCACAAGGACUGUUGCAAGUUUAUCAAAACUAUCAGAAUUUGGACAUUUGUAGGCCUGUCUAUGAACGAAAUAAUGGUACCUAUUGUGACUCUGACUCUGUUGUGUUCAACAUAUGCUGCCCAGAGCAUUGCGGUGAUACUUGUCUUUAUUACAACCAAAACUAUUUAGGUUGGGAAAAAAGCGGCGUUGGUCGAAUGUUGGUUUUUCUUGUUAUCCAAGGCUGUGUCAUGUGGACUUUGAUCUUUCUCUCAGAGUAUGGAAUCCUACAGAAGCUUCAGUACAUGAUGUCUUCAAGUCAACAAGCUAUCAAUGUGUCAUCAAAGAACUACACCUCACAAAUGAGCAGAGACAGUGUUGUACAAGAAGAUGAAGAUGUAGCUAAAGAAAGAGAAAGAAUUGACAGCACUCCCCAAUCUACUCUAAUCAGAUCAGAUAAACUUGUGCUAAAAAAUCUGACAAAGUAUUAUGAUGACUUCCGGGCAGUGGAUCAUCUGAGUGUAGGAAUACCAGCUGGGGAGUGCUUUGGUCUUCUUGGAAUAAAUGGAGCAGGAAAAUCUAGUACCUUUAUGAUGUUAACAGGAGACACUUCAAUUAGUAGUGGGGAAGCUUUCUUAGACACUUAUAGUCUUAAAACACAGAAAGAAUUGGCUCGUAAGCGCUUAGGAUAUUGUCCUCAAUUUGAUGCAUUGAUUGGUCAGCUGACAGGCAAGGAAAUUUUGACCUUAUUUGCAUGUCUGCGUGGGAUUAAAGAACAAGAUAUACCUGAAGCUGUCAGCAGUCUGAUGAAUGCUAUGACACUGACCCAGUAUGCAGACAAGCAGUGUGACACCUACAGUGGUGGCAACAAAAGAAAGCUGAGCACAGCCAUAGCUUUGAUAGGAGACCCAGAUGUUGUUUUCCUUGAUGAGCCAACCACUGGGAUGGAUCCUGUUGCCAGGAGAAUGUUGUGGGAUGUUCUAUCUAAAGUUCGGGACAGCGGGAGAACUUUAGUACUCACCUCGCAUAGCAUGGAAGAAUGUGAAGCUCUAUGCACGCGAUUAGCCAUCAUGGUAAAUGGGAAGUUCAAAUGUCUGGGCAGCAUACAACACCUGAAGAACAAAUUUGGAGAAGGCUACACAUUUACUGCCAAAGUGGCCUACCCUCCAGAUGGGGGCCCACCCAACAUGGCCCCACUGAUGGAGUUUAUAAACAGCACCUUUCCUAGAAGUAAACUGACAGACAUUCAUGAGAACAUGAUCAACUACCACAUCACUGACACCCAGUUGACCUGGUCUCAGAUGUUUGGGGAGAUGGAGAGGGCCAGAGAAAGACUUGGCAUAGAAGAUUACCUGGUCAGUCAGACCUCACUGGAACAAGUUUUUAUUUACUUUGCUCGCUUGCAAGAGGGUCAAGACAAUGUGAAAAGAAAAAGACAGGGAUGCUGCAGUUGUUGUUUUCCAUGCAUUAGCCAUCAUGAUGUAGAUGAGCCUGAACAGAGGACCAGACUUUGAUGUUGUUUUCUUUUUUUCUAAAUCUUAUAGCAAAACUGUUAUCUAAUUUCUAGAACAGGUUGGUUAAUCUUUGAAGACAUUCUGAAAACGAGCUUGCAUUAAUGUUUUCUUACGGAGCCUAAUAUAUAUUACUUGAUUUAAAUUGUAUAUGAUAUGCAUAUAUUGAGCAUAAACAUUCCAUUGUUGUAGCUCUUUGAUCUCAAGAUCAUCAUGAAAGUUUUCAAGAUACUUGCUUUAGUCAAUGAUACUUAGCAUUGACUUGUGUUUGAAUUUUAAUUUGUUUAGCCACCAGCUCUCCAAUAAAUUUGGAACCAAAAGUCACAACAUCCAAAGUGUAGAAAUCAUAUUUAGAUCUAUCAAUGAAGUAGUUUUACUUGUAUUGCUGCCUGAAUUUAUGGAAUAUUUGUUUUAUUGUUAUUUAUUACUGAUUGUUACCUCAAACUGUGAUCAUUCAUGUUAUCAUUAUAAAAAAAAAUUCAAAAAAAUAUUUAGAACUGCACAUUUUCUAUUUGUAAUUUCUUUUCUCCUCUGCAAGUGUAUGUUUAGUGUAUUUUUUAUAAUUCAUGUGUAAAUAUAUAGAUAUUUAUACAUUAUCACACUAUAUUAUGUGAAAAAUACUACCUUGAAUAUAUACACACAUUCUACAUGUGUAUACAUACUGUAUAUGUAUUUAUUUAUGUGUGUAUACAUAUGUACUGAUGUAUGUAUAUUCUUAUACAUUGAGUAUGUUUUGUAAUAUUUAUUUACUAACUCAUUAAUUAAUUAAUUUUUUUAUUUAACCUAUACACAAACCAACAAAGGAAUGAUUCUUUCACUUAUCAGUGUUUGUUUAUUUCUAAUGAUAGACACAAAACAAAAAUUUUAUUGCUUAUCAUUAGAAAGAUUUUGCUUUUUAUUUGUAUAAUUUAAACUUAUUUAAGUACAGUUUUCUUUGAUAAUAGAAAAAAGAAACCAUGUAAUAUUAUUAGAUUAGUUUUAUUGGUAUAGUUACUUAAUAUUUUUAUUGUUUUUACAUAAUCCGAUAUUAGUUAUAUGGGAUAUUUGAAGCAAUACUCACUUGUUCUUUCCAUUUAUUUUGUUGUUGUUUUUUUUUUAGAGGUAUACAUUUUACAGUUUGAUUUUUCCUUUAAAGGAGAAACACAUUUAAUUGUUUCAUUAUUUGUU